UUGUCAUAUCAGACCACUUUCAGAUAUCUCACAGCAAAAGAGGACAGAAGGGAUGAGGAAGGUUCGUCAAGGCGUGAUCGAGUGAGAGGAAGCCAUACAUGGACCGAAGAGGAGCGCAUUAUAGCAUUCCAUUGUCUGUUGCGGUAUGGCAAAGACUUCGAUGCUGUAGCUGAAGUGCUAGGGACGAAGACGUCGGAUAAAGUGAAGAGUUUCUACUCGGAUAUGAAGCAAGACAUUGACAAGUUACUUGAGAAAGAAGCUGAAAAGGAAGCUGAAAUGAUAAGUACGUUUGACAUGGAACAUGAGCUAAGCCUGGAAGGGUCGAAAAACGUUGAAAUCGUCAAUUUGGAGUGA